CUCUCCGUCGAUCUCGCAGUGCAGUCGGCAGCAUUGUAUUUACGUAGGGUAUGUCAGGUGUUUCGUGCGGUAUAAUAUCUACGACCUAAUGUAGUCCAUACACAUCAGACGGAGUGGAGUGACUUGGUGUAAAAUUUAAAUUCGAAACUAACCGCGCGUUAUCAUUAUAAGAUGAUUUGUCGUUUUUUUUUUUAUUUAUUUUGUGAUAUAUCGUGUUUAGUUGUUAACCGUUACGCUUUUUGAAAACCUAGUCGAUUUUUUUAUUAUUUAUUUAAUUUAUUCUGUUUAAAUUUAAAUACAACGAUGGUUGGCUACAGUGGUCGUUUGCAAGAUACCGAUAUUGGUUCUAUAAUGGACGGCGAAGAGGAUUUCUAUACGUACCACUCCCGGUCUAACCUGAAGAGCUCGUCCAGUACAAAUUCCGAAAUAGGGGAGAUGUCGUUUAUGAUUGUUGAUUAUCUCAAGGAAGCGAUGAAAGCAAUGGACAUGAUGCGCGCCCAUCAAAUGUUGACAGACGUCGUCCUGGAAGUAGGUAAAGAACUGUUUUACGCGCACAAAGUAGUUUUAGCCGCGGCCAGUCCUUAUUUCAAAGCCAUGUUUACAGGAGGUCUCAAGGAGUGCGACAUGGACAGAAUCAAAUUGCAGGGCGUCUCCCCGACGGCCCUCGCCAGGCUGAUACACUUCAUGUAUACGGGACGGAUCAGGGUCACAGAAAAUACCGUUUGUCAAUUGUUACCCGCCGCUACUAUGCUACAGGUUCCGAACGUUAUUCAAGCGUGCUGCGAUUUUUUAGAGCGACAAUUAGACCCGAGCAACGCUAUAGGUAUCGCUUCGUUUGCGGAACAACAUGGCUGCAUUGAGUUAUGCAAAAAGGCCAAUCAGUAUAUCGAACAACACUUCUGUCAGAUAUGCAGAGAGGAAGAAUUUCUGCAAUUAACCACGCUUCAGGUGAUCAAUUUGAUAAAAAAGGACGAGUUGAACGUACAGGACGAGAAGGAAGUUUACAAUGCCGUAUUGAAAUGGGUUAAAUACGACGAGGAACAUAGACAUCAAAAGAUGGAACCGAUUUUGAGCGCUGUCAGAUGUCAAUUUCUACCUCCGCAGUUUUUGAACGACCAAAUGACCAAUUGUGAGGUGAUCAAGAAGACUCCCGCUUGCAAGGAGUAUUUAGCUAGGAUAUUUAAGGAUUUGACGUUGCACGUCAAGAUGGAGGACAUAAAAGAAAGAUGUCCGAAUAUUCCGAGAGUGAUAUAUAUUGCGGGCGGUUACUUUAGACAAUCUUUAGACAUUCUCGAAGGUUACAACGUCGACGAAAAAGUCUGGUAUAAACUAGCUAGGCUAACAGUACCCAGAUCCGGACUUGGCGGCGCUUUUUUAAAGGGUAUUUUUUACGCAGUGGGCGGUAGAAACAACAGUCCGGGUAACAGUUACGACUCCGAUUGGGUGGAUAAGUACAACCCGAUCAAAGAUAAUUGGCGACCUUGCAGUCCGAUGUCGGUACCGAGAAAUAGAGUGGGAGUAGCGGUUAUGGACGGACUUUUGUAUGCCGUCGGAGGCAGUGAAGGCAAUAAAUACCACAAUAGCGUCGAACGAUACGACCCAGAGAUUGAUAGAUGGACUCCGGUGACGCAGAUGCACUACAAAAGACUAGCCGUCGGCGUAGCGGUUGUUUGCAGAUUAUUAUACGCACUAGGAGGCUACGAUGGCGUCGAAAGACAUCGAAGCGCCGAGUGCUACCAUCCGGAAAACAACGAAUGGACCAUGAUAGCGCCGAUGAACGUAUCGCGUAGCGGAGCAGGUGUCGCCGCCAUCAAUCAGUUCAUCUACGUGAUCGGGGGAUACGAUGGCAAGAAGCAGCUUUGUUGCGUGGAACGCUAUGACACUGAACGUGAUAUUUGGGAAUUCGUGAGUCCCAUGAGAAUCUCAAGGAGCGCUCUGAGCGUUACGGUACUAGAUUGCAAGAUUUUCGCCAUGGGAGGCUAUGACGGUCACAAUUUCUUGACAGACGUGGAAAUCUACGACCCGGCGAGGGACGUUUGGGAAAUGGGCGAGCCGUUGACGUCAGGUCGUUCGGGUCACGCGAGCGCCGUUUGUUUCCAACCAUGUAUGCCGGAACACUGCAGCAUUUUAGCGCAGGUGCUUCCUGUUGCUCAGUGUACGACAUCGUCGAAGGGAUAACAUCGGAUCAGCCACGUUUGAGGAUAUGUACGAGAAAUUCUGUAAAGCGUGCCUACCGAAAUUUAGGGACGUAUUAUUAGAAAAUACGACGUUGCGAUGGAUGAAAAUCGCAGAUAAUUGGAGCGAAUCGCCAAAGAAACGGCGAUGUAGGUCUUUUGAACUUAAGAUGGUGGCUGGAAUAGUUAAAGAGCGGGUCUCUGGGUGUCGCAAAUAAU